AUGGAAACAUCAGUGAACACCACAAGAGACCGGGAGUUCCACAAGAAAAGGCGCAAGGUCUGGGACAAUGCAUUCAAGAAAUCACUCGCCGAUUACGCCCCUAGAAUCGAUGAGUUCACUGAGCAGCUUCUUGUCCGAAUAGCGAGAAACGUCGGCAGACAAAUUGUGCUAAAUGACAUAUGCAUUCACUAUAGUUACGAUGUGAUGAGUCCACUGGCAUUCGGAGAUUCCAUGGGAUUCAUCAAGGGCGACUCAGACGACAUCGCAAAGUCCGUUCUAGAUAACAUCCAGAAGGGCGUCGAUGCCAUCGGACUCCUCCUUCACGUUCCCUGGCUAAUGGGCCUCCUAACGACUUUCUCCUGGGCAAUCGGUCCCAUGCGCCAGUGGAACGAAUACUCCGGGGAACUGGUGGUGUUGCGCAAAAAGAUGAAGAACCCCAAACCCGACCUCUUUGGUCAUCUUCUCGAGAAUACUGAAGACACAGCUGCGGGACGUUCCCUGCUCAACUCGGAGUGUCGUCUCAUCGUGGGUGCCGGAAGUGAUACGACUGCCACAGCUUUGACAUUCUUGUUUGUUCAUUUGGCUCUGUAUCCGGAAUGGCUUCAUGAACGAAACUUCGUCCGUGCCAAUGAGUUCCUGAACGCUGCCAUGAUGGAGCUUCGUUCCGUUGUUGUGCGUGUUGCACAUAAAUUCGACAUCGCAUUUCCUAGGGACACCGUUUUUGACCCAGUAGAGUAUUUCAGUCGGGUAAAGGAUCAUUUUGUUGCGGGUGCGCCAAGGCAGGAGAUAGUCUUCUCGAGGCGGUCCAGCAAUACCUGA